ACUUCAUUCCGCCAUUUUGACUUUGUUCAAGGCAARCUUACGUUUCUUAAAAUCGAGAUUUUAAGCUUUUAAGAGCCACUAAACUCUUAAAAAACGUCAUGCAGAUCUUUGUGAAGACUUUAACUGGAAAGACUAUCACUUUGGAAGUCGAACCAAGCGAUACUAUUGAAAAUGUGAAGACGAAAAUUCAGGACAAAGAAGGCAUCCCGCCAGACCAACAGCGUCUCAUCUUCGCCGGAAAACAGCUUGAAGAUGGCCGUACUUUGAGCGACUACAACAUCCAGAAGGAGUCUACUCUUCACCUUGUACUGAGGUUGAGAGGAGGAAUGCAGAUUUUCGUCAAGACUUUGACGGGAAAAACCAUUACCCUUGAGGUCGAACCAAGCGACACCAUUGAGAAUGUGAAAACAAAGAUUCAAGACAAAGAAGGCAUCCCCCCUGACCAACAAAGRCUCAUAUUYGCUGGAAAACAACUUGAAGAUGGCCGUACUUUGAGCGACUACAACAUCCAGAAAGAGUCCACUCUUCAUCUUGUACUGAGAUUGAGAGGAGGAAUGCAGAUCUUCGUCAAAACACUAACAGGAAAAACAAUCACCCUUGAAGUCGAACCAAGCGAUACCAUUGAGAAUGUAAAGACAAAGAUCCAAGACAAAGAAGGCAUCCCACCAGAUCAGCAGCGUCUUUAUUGGGCUGCCUGUGGUCACCCUCGCUCCUAUCCCAAACGCGCAUUCCUGGAUCUAGUUCUUGGUAGCUUGUCAUUGCAGUAA